AUUCGAAAGACUCUGACUGUGCAAAAGAUAUUCCUUGACAAAAUCAAACAAGCAACUAUUUAGUCAAUCGUCCAGCUUUGCAUUAAUAUUUCUUAUAUCAUUACACAACGUUCAAGAUUAGUAAUGAAUGAUCAACAGUCUGUUGGUGGAAAAUUAUCCCAAUCCGUGCACUUUAGUGAUGGUGUUUUCGAUCUCACUGAUGAACACAAUGAAGAGUGUUCGGACUCAUCCAAGUCUAACAAUAUUCUGUUGCGUGUUAUUGAUUGGUGUGGGGAAAAGUUGGCAUGGAGUUUUGGCAUUUCCUCACCGAAAUAUUAUUAUAUAAUUGAGAAUGCCAAAAUGAGAGCGUCAGAAACAGAUUUCAUUGACUUGGGUGAUAUGGAUGAUCCACAUGUCGCCAUUCUUCAGUGUUCGGUGCCAAAUAAAAACUAUACUCAUCCAUCAGUUCUUUCAUCUGGCUAAACGUAUCGUGAAUAGUUUGACUAAUUUUUCUUGAAUCUUUGUGACUUUUCAUUGUUUAUUUACUAUCUAUAAGACAAUCCAACCCUUAAAGUAGUAUUGUCAGAUAUUCUAUCACAUGUGGAAUAUAUCAUAUUGUUUUAAGUAUUUAUAUAAUUCACUAUGAACGUACUAAUUACUUUCUG